ACCGAAACGCUUCGGCCCGGUACCGUCGAUACAGUCAGCAUGUCGGUUCUGGCUCUCCAAGAGUACGAGUUCGAGCGACAAUUCAACGAGGACGAAGCCAUCCGAUGGAUGCAGGAGAACUGGAAGAAGUCCUUUCUCUUCUCUGCACUCUAUGCUGCUUUUAUCCUGGGAGGAAGACAUGUGAUGAAGCAGAGGGAAAAAUUUGAGCUGAGGAAACCCUUGGUGCUAUGGUCUCUGACACUGGCUGUAUUUAGUAUUUUUGGUGCCAUCCGUACUGGGAGCUACAUGAUGUACAUCCUGAUGACCAAAGGGCUUAAACAGUCUGUUUGUGACCAGAGUUUUUACAAUGGGCCUGUCAGCAAGUUCUGGGCAUAUGCCUUUGUACUUAGUAAAGCACCAGAACUGGGUGACACACUCUUCAUUGUUCUGAGGAAACAGAAACUGAUCUUCCUGCACUGGUACCACCACAUCACCGUGUUGCUCUACUCUUGGUAUUCCUACAAAGACAUGGUGGCCGGUGGUGGAUGGUUUAUGACAAUGAAUUACUUGGUCCACGCCGUUAUGUACUCUUACUAUGCUUUACGGGCAGCCGGCUUCAAGCUGUCUCGCAAAUUUGCCAUGUUCAUCACACUGACCCAAAUCACCCAGAUGCUGAUGGGCUGUGUAGUCAACUACCUGGUGUACUCAUGGAUGCAGCAAGGCCAAGAGUGUCCAUCCCACAUGCAGAACAUUGUAUGGUCUUCGCUCAUGUACCUCAGCUACUUUGUGCUGUUUGUCCAGUUUUUCUUCGAGGCUUAUGUUGGAAAGACCAAAUUAUUGGCUACAGCUGUCUCCAGGAAGACCAAGUAAAGUUCCAAAGAGAUGGCAAGUGGGCAGGGACCAGAGACGAAAGAUUCUGUAGGAUUUCUUGGAAGGCAAGGUGGAUAACAGAGUAGCAGGUGGAUGAGUAGUCCAAAAAGAUGGGUGAUGUUUGUGCUUGUGCUUUGCUUAUGUGCAGACUAAAACAUCUUAAAGGAAGUGGUGCAUCCUUUGCGAGCUACUGAUGUGGUGCCACCAUGACCAAAAGCCAUCACAAGUUAGCCGCCACAAUUUUAAAAUAGCCCCUUUUUGAAUUCACCGUGUAGGUUUUUCAAGACUAAAAGAUUAAGCGUGUCUUAACAUGAACAUAUUUUUUACUUGAUAUUGAAUAAUAUAAAAAAAUUAAAGCUAUAUAGAGUCUGUUA